AUGAAACGCAAGUUGGACGCAAACGAUGUCCCAUCCCCCGAGGCCCCUGCCGCUGAGGAGGGAGAACUUGACUUUGAAGCUCUUAAUCUCGACCCCCGAUUGCGCCAAGCUCUGAUCAAGGAAAAGUUCACCAAGCCCACUCUUGUACAGUCAAAGGCAAUCCCACUUGCGCUGGAAGGAAAGGAUAUUCUCGCCCGUGCGAAAACUGGUUCUGGAAAAACCGCCGCCUAUGUCCUCCCAAUACUGCAAGCCAUCCUCCAACAGAAGGCUACCGACCCCUCUUCAAAAGCCACAACUGCUCUUAUCCUUGUCCCCACGCGCGAGCUUGCAGAACAGGUUCAAAAAGUCAUCACGUCUUUCGCCAGUUUCUGCGGAAAGGAUAUUCGAUCCAUCAACUUGACACAGAAGGUGUCCGAUGAAGUUCAGCGCUCAAUGCUGGCUGAUUUCCCGGAUAUUGUUGUGUCGACCCCCACCCGAGUUUACAGCAAUGUCAACAACUCCGCUUUGACAUUGGACAAAAUCACCCACUUGGUUAUCGACGAAGCAGACCUGGUGUUGUCAUACGGAUACGAUGAAGAAAUCAAUGCGCUUGCCAAGGCCAUCCCGCGAGGAGCGCAGACAUUCUUGAUGAGUGCUACACUCACUUCUGAGGUGGACACAUUGAAGGAUUUGUACUGCCGGAACCCUGUGAUCCUGAAGCUGGAGGAGAAGGAAGAGAAAGGUGCCGGCGUUAGCCAGUUCAUCGUUCGAUGCGCCGAAGACGAGAAAUUCCUUCUUACUUACGUCAUCUUCAAAUUACAACUUAUCAAGGGCAAGGUCAUUAUUUUCGUGGCCGAUGUGGACCGAUGCUACCGUGUCAAGCUCUUCCUCGAACAGUUCGGCUUGAAGAGCUGUGUCCUCAACUCAGAACUGCCUAUCAAUUCACGAAUCCACGUGGUCGAAGAGUUCAACAAGGGCGUUUACGAUAUCAUUGUCGCAGCCGACGAGCAAGAAGUACUCGGUGUGUCUAAGAAGAAGACACGCGAGGCCAAGGAAGCAGAGGAAGAAGCCAAGGAAGAGAUGGGAAGCAGCGAGGACGAGGAGGCAGUUGCCGAAGAAGGAAAGGAAAAGAAGCAACCACAGAAGCGCCGCAAGAUGACCAGCAAAGAGAAGGACUACAGUAUUGCCCGCGGCAUCGAUUUCCAAAACGUCGCCUGCGUCCUCAACUUCGACCUCCCCACCAGCUCCAAAUCCUACACCCACCGCAUCGGACGUACCGGCCGCGCCGGCAAAGCAGGAAUGGCUCUCUCCUUCGUCAUCCCCGCCGAUCAACACGGCAAGCAUCGCCCCACCUCCAUCCCCAGCACAAAGCACGACGAAACCGUUCUCGCCAAGAUCAUCAAGCGCCAAACCAAACUCGGCCACGAAGUCAAGCCUUACCACUUUGAGAUGAAACAAGUCGACGCCUUCCGCUACCGUAUGACCGAUGCCCUGCGCUCGGUGACCAGACUCGCAGUGCAAGAAGCACGUGGACGUGAGAUCCGCCAGGAACUGAUCAAGAGCGAGAAACUCAAGCGCCAUUUCGAGGAGAAUCCCGAAGAGUUGCGCCAGUUGCGCCAUGACGGCGAGCUGCGUGCUGCGCGUGUCCAGGCGCAUCUCAAGCAUGUUCCUGAUUACUUGAUGCCCACCAAGGGGCGUAAGGGUAUCUCGAAGGAGAAUGUCGGGUACGUUGGGUUCUCGAAGUCGAAGCAGAAUCGCAUUCGCAAGGCCAGAGAUCGCAACCGUGCUCGUGGGAAGACUGGUGGAAAGGUUGAUCCCCUGAAGACGUUUAAUCGGUCGAAAAAAUAG